GGAGCUGCUUUCGCUUUCCAUCUGACUGGGGCUUGCUCUGGCUGGCCUUGGUUGGCACCGAUGUCCCACAGCUGGUUAGAUCCCCUGGGACAGGAGGCUUCCCCAGCUUGGAGUUCGUUGAGGGUUGGACAGGCCACUGCGGGUCAGGCUCUGUGGGGCAGCGUCCAGCCAGGGCUGCUCGUCUAGGGUCCGGCAGCUGCGCUUCCUCCCCUCUCCGUCUCGCUGUGGCUGUUCCGUGGCAGGGUGGAGAGGAAGGAAGCUGGGGUGGCUGUCGCAGAGUCGGUGCGCUCGGGCUUGGGCUGCAGAACGUAGGCCGGAGGAUCUGAGGCCAAGCUGACCCCCGGAUUGGUGCCAAGCCGUGAGCGUGUGUCCGUGCGGGGCUCGUGGGGCAGAUCCCGGGCGCCAUUGAGGUCGGGGAGAAUCCAGUAAGUUCCUGAGUGGGGAAAACUCUGAGAACAGAGUGAGCGAUGGAGAGGCAGGGACAGGUCACAGGGCCGGACCCGCGGGCAGGGGCCCAGCAGCUGUGCGGGGUCACCAUGCAGCGCACCGGGUCCCCCAUCACCACGGAGACCGACAUCGACCUCACCGCCGCGCUGCUGCCUUCGGGGGGGACGCGGAGCCAUCAGCACGCCAUCAAGACGGCCGUCAGCGAGACGGGGGCGCUGCCCGCGCCGGGCUACGAGGGCCCCCCCCCUCCCACCGGCUGCCGCUGCUGUGGCCUCGCUAAGCUGCAGACGGGAGCCCAGCCCGGCGCCGGCUGCCGGCUCUGGAACGCCCCCUACCCCAAGCUGCCCCCGGGGACCUGCCCGGGAAAGGGCUUUGGCCAGUCCACCCUGCCGUUCAGCUUCGGGACCAACUCUGCGCCCCCUCACCGAGACCCCCGCCUGACCCUGCAGCAUGGCAAGCUGCCCGCCGGGACGGCCAGGCUGGGCAGCGGGCCUGGGGGAGAGCCAGGGAGGUGCGGGGGCCUCAAAGUCCUGGAUCUAGAGCUCUGGGAAGGCCCAGAGACCAAGCCAGGGCUGGAGGACGGGACGGCUCCCCCCUUGGCCUUGGAGAAGCCCCCCAUCCCAGAAGACUGCUCCCCCUGGGCUGAAGCUCGGCUCUGCUCCGUGCAGCCGGGACGGGAUGUGUCUCCGCCCGAGAGUCACCGUGUUCUCCAGGAAGAGCAGGGCUGUGCAGGCGUCCCUCCCAGCGCAGCUCUCGGCCUCUCGGCGGGCAGGGCGGGCGCACCCCGGGCCGAGGGCACAGGCCGUGGGCAUGACCCCAUGGCGUCGGAACCGGCAGCCGAGCCGCGGUGGGACGGCAGCAUCGUGCUGAGCGAGGGCGCGAGGGAGCCGGUGAUCAGCCGGGAAGGGGCACUGGACAUCCCCCAUCCUGUGGGGAGCGGGCUGGCCCCGGGCGCCCCCCCUGAGCCAGACCCCCCCUCAGCACACCCACCGGGAGAGGAGCUGCCGCCGGAAGGUCCUGGCGGGACAGAGGAGGGCGCGGUUACGAGACGGCCCCGGGGCACCGAGCUGGGGAGGCGGCCGGGCACCGGGGGUUCUGUUGGCUCGGUCAGCCCGGACCGUCAGAGCAGCAAGCCCGUCUCCCAGGAGCCGGCCAGCCAGGCCCAGAGAAUCGGGGACCUGGGGCCCGCGGGUGCGAGUGCUCCCACUAAGAUGUCCGUGGAGGACGCCUACGGGAGGCUCACCAAGGCGUGUGGCCUGUCCCUCCUGGAGGAGCUGAGACGGACGUUCCUGGACGCUGAGGGCGGCUGCUUCUCGCUCCUGGAUUCCGGCCUGGUCUUGGGGCGAGUGGAGGAGCACCCGGUGCUGGGGCUGGCCGUCCUGCCCAUGCGGGAUGGGCGGAAGCUGGCCACGACCCUGCCCAACUCCAGCCUCUUCCUGUACUAUGCUCUGGGCCGCCAGUUCUACGUCACGGAGAAGCUGGCAGAUCGCUGGUUCCGAGCACGGGACCGGGUCACCGGGGAAAGCAUGCUGAUGAAAAAGGUGCCCGUGGUCUCCGACUGGAGGAAGAUGUUACACAAUUUCCUGUUCCUGCCCCCUCACCCCGGGCUGCUGGUGCCCUACGCUGUCCUGUACGACCGCAACGGCUCCAUCCUCUACCUCAUGGAGGACAGGGACGUGCACGCUGUGGGGCGGCCGCCCGAGGGGCCCAGCCGGCAGGGAGCUCGAGCCCUGCAGCAGGUGCUGAGCUUCCUGAGCUUCUGCAAACGCCACCACUUCCACCCCGGGGACGUCGGCGCGGCCUCGAUCUACACGGCCCAGGGCGUCUGCUUUGACCCCAGCAGCCUGUCCAGCAGCGAGGACCCCUACGCCUUCCGGAAGAGCAUGAAAACCUGCCUGCGCCCGCUGCUGGCCCAGCACCAGGGGCUCGCGGGCCUGGACUCCCUGGUGGACAGCAUGUGCCAGCACCUGGAGGAGGAGGAGAGUCCGGAGCCCAGCGACACGCCGAGCAGCAACGCCCCUGGGGCCAGCCCCAAGUGAGCAGAGCCCAGCCCCACAGCUGCCCCCCUCCGGAGAUGAGCACGUCCCUGGGAUGCCUGGAGGCAGAGCGCUGGGAUCCAGCUGUGGACGCUGCUGCUGGCAGGGGCAUCCCAGGGUGGGUGGGUGCACCGGGGGGGCGGGCGCUGGGUGUGGGGGUUGGCACCGGUAGCCUUGCUCCGGGCUGGGCCAUCGAUGAAUUCAGCGAGGUGAGAGGAAUGACACUGAUUGCAGUGGGGCGCCGAGGGGAUCUGUGCUGGCCCCUUGGCUGCAGGAGCCCCACAAACCCUGCAGAUGGGCCCCGACUCCCCCGGCUCAUCGGCAAACCCCCCAGCCCUGGCCAAGGACCCGCGGAAUGCUCCAGCAUCCCUAUUCCCAAAGAAGGCAGGCCUGGGACCCGAGAGCGCCUGGCUCCACCUGUGGCCUUCUCCUCUCUCAUCACCUCGGUUGUGCCUCAGUUUCCCCAUCCCCGCCCUGUGGAGAAUGCUGCUUUCCUGCCUGCGAGGAGCCGAAGGGUUGUGAGGGGGGGCUGAGGUCCCCCCUGCCAAGUGCCUUCAGGAUGCAGAGCCCCGUGGGUGGCCCCAGUAAUUAGCACAAGGUAACGAGGCUCAGUGUAAGAUCAGGGGAAACAGACAGGCUCACAGGCCGGCCAGCCGGGGACUUAAGGCAAUGGGCAGGUGCUUCAAGGACCCACUUUUAUAAUCAUGCAUCCCAACCUUUGUAAUAAGCGUAUCCUUCUGCAACAGAAAAUAGUCCUUGGACAUACAUAUAUUUUGGCUGAACCCUCUGAGAGCUUCCCUUUUUGAGGAGUGGCCCGUCCCGUGAACGGGGACUUCACCGUUCUUCCCGUGGGUGCGUUGCGCGGCGGUGCCCUCUGCGCUGGGCUUGGUGCCGCGGCGGCGGUUCUCCGGGACGUGCGUUUUGCCGGCACUUGUUAUUUAAAGGGAGGUGGCUGAGGUCAGGGCUGUGUCUACCCUGGCAGCGUGCCAGGGCUGCAUUGGUGCCCCGGCAGCCUGAGCACGUCGCACGGCGCCGGGAUGGGCUCGCCCCUCGCUGUGGUAAAUACACCGGGGCGGGAGGCGCGAGCGAUGUCCAUGGAGGAAUUCUUCUAUCAACCCCGGGGUGUCUCCGCCGGGGCUUAGCUCGGUUAACUGCAGCGCUCGGAGAGGGAUGAUUUUCACAGCCCUGAGCGAUGGCGUUGGGCCGACCUGACUCAGUGUCUGGACCAGCCCUCGGGGAGGGGAGAGCAGGCUCGGUAGAAUCGACCAGGACAAGACACGGGCUGCGGGUUCCUAGCGAGGUUAGCGGGCGGGGCGUGGGCGAGGUUUUCUCCGCCCAGAGCUUGUGGGUGAAAUUCACCCCAGUGCCAGGGCCUAGCACAAGCCUGGUAUGCCAGCGAAGACCCAAGUCAGCCUCUCGCUUUCAGCGGCGCUACGUGGGGGGUGGGAGGGCAGCAGAAUCUGGUCCGGUGAUGUGGGGCCUGAACCAGCCGCAGGAAACGUCGGUUCCGUUCCUGGCACUGCUGCUGCUUUGGAUAUGUCAUGACUCUGCUCUGUGCCUCAGUUUCUCUUUCCUGCCCCUUGUCUUGUCUGUUUAGACAGGGAGGGCCAGGGCCUGUAUCUCUCUAGGGGGCUGGGCAGCGCCUGUCACAAUGGGACCUUGAGCCCUCACAAAUACAAAAACAAGCUCUCCCUAGUUAAGGGCGAGCAGUGGGGAAGUGGGGAAGGGGCCUGGGCUUGGGACCUGAUCUAGAGCGAGCGGGGGCCUGACCAGCCCGCUGGGCUGUUUCCGGGCAGCAUGUGGGGUUGGUUUCCAGCCCGCUGGCCGGGGCUGGGAUUAGCUGUCGCUCGCGUCGUCCCAGCGAGCUGAUGCCGGUGUAGACACCCUUCAUGGGAGGAAAUCCCAGCCCUGGAAGGGCUCUCUGAUCUCGCAGACAAAGGCAGAGCAAGAACCAGGGGCUGGGAGCCGAAGCCAGACCCUUCAAAUGGGAAAGAAGGCCCACGUUUCUAACAGGGGCCGCUCCGCCACUGAACAAACUGCCAUGGGACGUGCUGGGUUCAGAGCCUGCCUGCUGCCUUCCUGGCAGACGCUCAGGCAAACACAGGUUGUUGGCCUCCGUACGGGGGAGCUGGGUGAAUGUGAUGCCCUGUGCUGGCCAGGGGCUCAGACUGGAUUGUCUAAUGGUCCCUCUGGCCUUAAACCCUUUGGUUCUCUGAAUGCUACUGCCCAGCGCGUGGCCAGUGGGAGGGUGUCAGCUGCAGCUGGGCACACGCGGUGGGCACAGGACCUCCCUCUCGACAGCAGUGCCCUGGCUCUGGGAUGUUAUGAAGGCCAGAAGCGUAAAGGGCUCAAAGAAGAAUUAGCCAAGGUCCUGGAGGACGGGUCCAUCGACGGCUAUUAGCCAGGAUGGGCAGGGACGCAGCCCCGUGCUGCGGCUGUCCCUGGCCUCUGGUCGCUGGAAGGGGACGAUGGGGGGCGGAUCUCAUCCUAAUUUCCCUGUUCUGCUCACUGUGAAGCUGCAUCCCCUGUCGGAGGCAGGUUACUGGACGAGAUGGUCUGACCCAGUCCGGCAGCCCUUGGGGUUUUAGUACCUGGCCAUUAGCCCCACCCCUCUACCCGCUGACCCCUUCCACAGCGGCACGCAGACCGGAUGAGAGCUCGUGGGCUCAGCCAGCUCCCCCGGCGGCCUGCACGUGCCCUUGGCUUCCCUGCGUGCUCGGUCGCUCACCUAGGGUGACCAGACAGCAAAUGUGAAAAAUCGGGACAGGGGGUGGGGGGUAAUAGGAACCUAUAUAAGAAAAAGACCCAAAAAUCGGGACUGUCCCUAUAAAAUCAGGACGUCUGGUCAGCGUACGCUCACCCCUCAGGGACACACGGAGCACAGGCCCUGGGUAGAGGGGAACUGCUGGUCUCGGGAUGCCUGUUUCUACGUACCUGAUCCAAAGCCCAGUGAAGUGGUACGGCGGGCAGGGCAUAGGGCACUGGCUGGGGCUUUCAAAGCUGCCCGUCUUCCCAUGGGUUUUGGCACCUAAUUCUCCAGGUCCGGUUAGCCGCCGGGGGAGGUUCCCAGGCCCAUCCAUCAGCUGUCUGUCUCUUGCGGCAUUUCCCAAUUUUGCUUUUCUUUCCCGGCUCAACCUCGGCCCCGGUGAUCAAUGGUUUCUCAUUUCGCUGGCAAGCGGCACAAACAGAAGCAUUUACAAACCCGCUGUCUUUCCAACAGGGCCAUAACUCAGGCCUCAGCCAGCCCGGGAAAUGGAGACCGGCCGCUCCAGCAGCAGUAUUUCCGGCUCAUGGUAAAUGUGUUACUUGGGGAUAAUUUCCCUGCCCACGCCAAGUUUUGAAAAGAAAUAGACCAGCGUCUAUAAAUUG